GCCACCCCAAAGCAAAAUGGUGAUCGGAAUUGCAAUGAUGUCAGCGAUGGUCCCCACCAUCAUAGGGUUGAACGAAGCAACCAAAGGGGCGCGAGAAUCCGAAGAUAAACGCAAGGAAAAUGAAAAGAAAACGCGCUUUCACUUGGUCGCUACAUGCGAUAUUGAUGCAGACUUAGAGAGUCGGAGGCAAGAAGUACACAAUGCUAAUGUUUAUUUGGGAUCAGAUAAAAAGGUAUGGAAGGCUCUUCUCCUAACCCGGCACAUGAAGUUAUAUAUCACUAAACGUCCGACUCUAUCCAUGACUGCAUUUAAUGGGCAUUUCUUUGAAUUGCCAGACCUUCAGCAGGGCAAUCUAAAUGGGCUUGUGGCAAUAAGCGGCGAAACACCACCUACCCUACGGUGGGUCUACCUGGAUAAAGAGACGUACCAAAUGAGAUGGGGAGGAAAGCAGGAUAGGGAAGGCCACAUUGGUGGUCCUUUUGAUUUGACCCAUGACGGGGACUAUCUUGCAUUGAAUGACACUCAGAGAUGGCUAGCCCUACGACUAGAAGAUGCAGAGCAGGACGGAAGGGAAGCGGGUGUAGGCGUUUGGAGACUCUGUUGCGACUAUGAGGAAAAUAACGGCGCAGGCCUGCCGGUCGAUACCCCAAAGAUGCAAAUUUAUCUGAGAAGAGUUCUAGCAGAUUCUUGA